GCAUCACAGCGCUGUGGUCGCUGGUGAUCAUCUCGUGGGAGCGCUGGUUCGUGGUGUGCAAACCCUUCGGCAACAUCAAGUUCGACGGGAAGCUGGCGAUCGCCGGGAUCCUCUUCUCCUGGAUCUGGUCCUGCGCCUGGACCGCGCCCCUCUUCGGCUGGAGCAGGUAGUGGCCCCACGGGCUGAAAACGUCCUGCGGCCCCGACGUGUUCAGCGGCAGCAGCGACCCGGGGGUCCAGUCCUACAUGGUGGUCCUGAUGAUCACCUGCUGCAUCAUCCCCCUGGCCAUCAUCAUCUUCUGCUACCUGCAAGUCUGGCUCGCCAUCCGGGCGGUGGCCGCCCAGCAGAAGGAGUCGGAGUCGACGCAGAAGGCGGAGCGGGAGGUGUCGCGGAUGGUGGUGGUGAUGAUCCUGGCCUACAUCGUGUGCUGGGGGCCCUACACCUUCUUCGCCUGCUUCGCCGCCGCCAACCCCGGCUACUCCUUCCACCCGCUGGCCGCAGCCCUGCCCGCCUACUUCGCCAAGUCAGCCACCAUCUACAACCCCAUCAUCUACGUCUUCAUGAACAGACAGUUCCGGAACUGCAUCCUGCAGCUCUUCGGGAAGAAGGUGGACGAUGGCUCCGAGGUGUCCACCUCGCGCACCGAGGUCUCCUCCGUGUCCAACUCCUCCGUGUCGCCCGCGUAG